AUGACGCCCCCCUGCAAGAUCUUCAAGGCCGACGCCCUCGAGGCGCAGGUCCAGACCAGUUUGGUCGGCACCAAGCGCAAGACGGAGGGCGGCCGCGAUAUCGACCUAUCGCAGUGCCCGCUGUUCGGGAUGCUGCAGUACGAUUGCCAGAUCGACCGGCCCGAACUGCCCAACAGCCCUGUCAAAUGCUGGCCGGUGCAACGGUGGUUUAGACGGUGUCAGGACAGAAAAGGGGAAUUCAUGGUUGAGACUACAAGCUGGGAGGGCAGGCUCGAGAAGGAUAUAGAGGAUGUCCCGCCAGCAGCUGCACAGAAGGGGACUGGCUUUGGCGGUCGUGGCUGGACGUCGUACUCGUGGAGAGAAAGGGAGACGGACAAGCACGGGCAAUAUCGAGAGAUCUAA